AAAAACAACAAAACUGUCUUCUAUCAAUUGGCUGGUAAUUAUGUGUCGGCUAAAAAAACGUACAAGAUUAAAAUUUGAUUGUUUUUUAUUUAUUUAUUUCUUGUUAAAUAACUUUCAUUUUCUGAAGAAGUUUGCAUAAAACCUCGGCGUCGCUUGGUAAUGACGUGCUUUUGACGCUAUGGCCGCUCACGCUAGCGAGCUGGAGAUUGCGAAGAAGAAUUUGACGAACGCCAUCGGCGAUAACGUGAAGCAUUAUUGGGCUAACCUAAAGCUGUGGUUCAAACAGAAGAUUAGCAAAGAAGAGUUUGACGUCGAGGCACGUCGCCUGCUGCCUCAGGAGAAUGUCCACUUUCACAACGACUUCCUGUUGGCCAUUCUCACGCGAUGUCAGAUCAUUGUUUCCACACCAGAGGGCCCAGGCUCCUUGCAGUGGCAAAGCUGUGCCUCAAAGUCUGACAAGUCAAAAGGAAAGAAGAAAUGUUCCUCCAGGCAGAAAUUUGAUCACCGCUUCCAGCCACAGAACCCUCUGUUCGGCGCACAGCCGUUCAGCCCGCGGGAGGCGGGCGGCGAGGAGGAGGAGCUACGGCUGAGCGCCCACACGCUGCUGCUGCCGACCCGGGGCCAGCUGGAGGCCCGCAUGAUGGUCACCGCCUUCGAGAUGGGGCUGGACAACGUCACAGAAGACGCCAUCAGCACCGUGGUCUGUGCCGUGGAGCACCAUUUGAAAGACGUCCUGACCGCCGUAAUCACUCGGAGGAAGGCGUACCGGCUACGUGACGGACACUUCCCUUACGCCUUCGGCACCGACGUCACACCUCGACCUUAUCUGAAGAACAGCCUGUCUGCGUACCACGGCAUCAGCGAAUGUCCUCCUCCAAGCGCGUCUCUUGCUGCAUGCCCGCCGCCUCAGCCGUCGCCCGACGACGCCGAGCAAAAAGCCGUCCACUUGCUCGCUUGCUCCUCUGACACGCUACCUGCGCCUCUUCCUCCAAUCAGCAUGUUUGACCUCCUGGAAGCACUAAAGGUUCAUCGCGCCGUGAUGCCCUCCCACACCAUGUACGCCCUCAACAUGGAGCGCAUCCUGGUCCAGCUCUGGCACCCCAGCCAUGAGGAGCUGGAGCAGGACCGCAUACACAGGCAGAGGCUGGCCAGCUGAGAGUCUCUCUGACUCUCUCCUCGCCAGACUGUGGGACUGAGUUCGUCUCUGCAAACCAGUCAAUCUCCAGAACACCCAUAUGGGGGGGCGGUGUUUCCUGGAAAGUGGAGGACUUGGAUUCUACCUGUGGCUUACAGAAGAUGGAGCAAGAGGAAAACCAGGAAGCUGGAAUGACGUAAAAACUUUACCUGUCCAACUUUAAUUACUUGUUCACUGCACAAUAGGAAACAGUUGGUUCUAAUAGCUAUAAUUUUAGUCUAUUUUAAACUAUAGGAGCAAACAGUCUAGUUCUGGAAAAAACAAAGUCUUACCAAGUGUUUUUGGUCUAGUUUCUAGUGGAAAUAUUGUAGUUUUUUCUUAUUUCAGGUGCACUAACACACAAGCAAUGUUUCAGCAAGAUACAACUGUAUGAAGAUAUCUGCACCAGAAAUUAGACCAAAAAUACUUUCAUGCUUUUGGUGGAUUUCUUGUGGGAAUUUCUUCUUCAAAUAUAACCUGCUGCUUUAAGGAAUAACAAGUUGCAUCCUGGAUGUCCAUCACCUUUACGAAGCUGCAAGUAAUGUUAAUUAUUAGAAAUUUGACAAAAAUACAAAAGAAAUCUUUUUUUAAACGGAUUCAAUUUAUCAACUGUACCUCCAGCUUUGGUUGUGUAUGGUGUUACAAUCGGGACACUUUGCUUAUUACUUCCUCCUAAAUAGCAUAAAAGGUUCAAUUUUUUUCUGUUUUACUUUACUAAUUUAAGUAAGAUUUUUUUUAUUUGCACCUUGUAACACAUAAUUGUGAAGUGUGGCAAACACCCCCAGCCCCCACCUUGGCAAAUAAUUUAAUCUCACCUUAAACGGGUGAAACAUGUUGGCACCAUUAUGCCUCUGUAGGUUUGGCUGGAGCAGAGAAAUUUACACCACACUUUUCAGAUUUUUUGUUGUAAAAACAAGAGGUCUUCCAUUGACAAAUUAGGAUUAAAUCACAGAACUUUCUAGCAAAGAACUGUUAAGAUUUUAGGUUGCAAUGUUGAUGUGAAAAUUGUUAAAUUAGUAAAAAAAAACAACAACAAAUAUUUCAGUAAAGUGCGGUGUAUGAGAGAAAA